AUGUUGAAUCGUGUGGUUCAACUUUCAACUCCUGAUAGUUCUAAUCCACAUUCAGUGGCAGUUGGCGAUUUCAACAACGACCAUCGAAUGGAUAUUAUCGUUGCCAAUACUGGAACUGACAAUGUAGGUGUAUUUCUAUUGUAUGACAAUGGUACUUUUGCUAGUCAAAGCACGUAUCCGACAGGUUAUGGUUCCGCUCCACGCAUGGUUGUUGUCAGUGAUUUCAACAAUGACAAUCAAUUGGACAUAGCAGUUGCGAAUUUCGGUACUAACAAUAUAGGGAUCCUUCUCGGAAAUAGUGACGGAAGUUUUAGGAAUCAAACAUCUAUAGAAACUACACCUUCUCGUCCACUGUGUCUGGCCGUCGGCGAUUUCAACAAUGAUAAACAAUUUGAUAUUACAGUUGCUAAUUAUGGAACUAACAGUAUAGGUGUACAUUUCGGAUUCGGCAAUGCUAUUUUCACAAAACAAAUAACUUUAUCUACUGGAUACGAUUCUCUUCCGUACGCAGUUGCUGUUGGUGAUUUCAACAACGAUAAUAAACUCGAUAUUGCCUUCGCCAAUUUUGGUACGCACAACGUAGGCAUAUUUCUUGGAUACGGGAAUGGAACUUUUAUCAUUCAAACUACGUAUGCAACUGGCACUAAUUCUCAUCCAUACUUCAUUGCAAUUGCUGAUCUGAACAACGACGGGCAACUUGAUAUUGCUGUUGUUAAUUCAGGAACAGAUAACCUAGGUGUGCUUUUCGGAUAUGAAAAUGGAAAUUUUACUCAGCCGACUUUUUAUUCCACAGGUCUUAAUUCAAAGCCAGUAUUCAUUGCCAUAGCCGAUUUUAAUGACGAUCGCAUAGCAGACAUAGUGGUCGCAAAUAAUGGUACCAGCAAUGUGGGUGUAUUUUUUGGAUUUACUAACGGAACCUUCGCACGCCAGAUUAUUUGUUCGACUGGCCCUCAAUCCAGCCCACAGUCGAUUGGUGUUGCUGAUUUCAAUAACGAUCAUAAACUAGAUAUUGCUAUUGCUGAUAAACAAAAUAAUUAUGUGAGGAUUUUCUACGAAUUUAGUAAUGUCACCUUUGCAAGUCAAAUAACCUAUCCAUCUAGUGCCACUUAUGGUCCUGUUGGCAUUCUUCUGUAUCCAACUGGAGAUGGUUCGCAACCGUAUUCAAUCGCUCUUGGUGAUUUCAAUAAUGACAGCACACUGGAUAUUGUAGUCGUCAAUAGGGGUACAGAUAAUAUAGGUAUCUUUCUUGGAUAUGGGGAUGGUAGUUUCUCAAAUCAAAUGACUUAUACGACUGGCAUUAGCUCUGGCCCAAGCGCGGUUGCCGUUGGUGAUUUCAAUAAUGACAGUCGACUGGAUAUCGCCGUCGCCAAUUAUGGCACAAGCAAUGUAGGUGUUCUUCUAGGGUAUGACAAUGGCACGUUUUCAAAUCAAAUGAUUUAUGAGACUGGUAUUAAUUCUGGUCCGAACGCGCUCGCCAUCGGUGAUUUCAAUAAUGACGGUAGACUUGACAUCGCAGUCGCCAAUUAUGGCACAAACAAUGUAGGUGUUUUUCUUGGAUAUGGCAGUGGGACUUUUGCAGAUCAAAUGACUUUGCCAACUGGUAACAAUUCCGGCCCACGAGCACUUGUCGUAUACGACUUUAACAAGGAUGGUCGACAAGAUAUCGCUGUCGCUAGCUACAAGGGUCAGAAUGUGGGUAUUUUUCUUGGAUAUGGAAACGGUAAUUUUUCAAGUCAAAGUAUUUAUCCGACUGGUAUUUAUUCUUAUCCAUAUUGGCUUACCGUAGGUGAUUUCAACAACGACAGUAUACAAGAUAUCGUCGCCGUAAAUUAUGGGGGAAAUAAUUUAGGAGUUUUUCUCGGAUAUGGUAAUGGGAGUUUUUCAAGUCAAAUGACUUAUACAACUGGCAUUAGUUCCAGACCGGUCUCACUAGCUAUCGGUGAUUUCAAUCAUGACAGCAGACUUGAUAUCGCAGUUGCUAAUUAUGGCACAAACAACGUAGGUGUCCUUCUUGGCUGUGGGAACGGGACUUUUCCACUCAUUACUUAUAGAUAUAGGAACAAUUCUUAUCCAGCGGGGGUCGCCAUUGGUGAUUUCAAUAACGACAGUCGACUAGAUAUCGCCGUCGCCAAUUCCGGUACAGACAAUAUAGGUGUUCUGCUUGGAUAUGGCAAUGGGACCUUUAAGAGUUCAGUGACAUAUCCAACUGGCACUGAUUCCGGUCCAGUUGCGAUUGCCUUAGGUGAUUUCAACAACGAUGCUCGACUGGAUAUCGUUGUCGCCAAUUAUGGCACAAGCAAUGUAGGUGUUCUUCUAGGUCGCCUGGAUUUCGCCGUGGCCAAUUAUGCCACAAGCAAUGUAGGCGUUUUUCUUGGUUAUGGGAAUGGUAGUUUUGCAAGUCAGUUAACCUAUUCAACUUAUGAGCGUUCUUAUCCGAUAUCACUCGCUACAGGUGAUUUCAACAACGAUAGUCGGCUGGAUAUCGCCGUUGCCAAUUAUUUCGGGAACAAAGUGGGUGUUUUUUUUGGGCAUGGUAAUGGCAGUUUCACAAAUAUGACGAGUAUUCCAACUGGAGCUUACUCUAAUCCUAAAGCACUCGCGGUAAGUGAUUUCAAUAGCGAUGGCAUCCUAGAUAUAGCAGUUGUCAAUGCAGCCCCUAUGGAAGAACUUAUCUUGAUAUUACUGGGAAAUGGACAUGGGAAUUUCUCAAGCAAUGGAAGAUACGAAACUGGAGUUCAAUCCGCACCUUCCUCGAUAGUCAUUGGUUAUUUUAAUGACGACAGCCAACUUGAUAUUGCAGUUGCAAACAGAGGUACUGACAACAUAGGGAUUUUUCUCGGUUAUGGCGAUGGAACAUUCUCAAAUCAAAUGAUAUAUGCAGCUGGAGAUGGUUUCGGUCCAAUAUCAAUUGUUGCGGACGACUUCAAUGAAGACAAUCUAACUGAUAUAGCCGCUGCAAAUUAUUACACAUUUACUGUUUGUGUUUUUCUUGCGUUCAUUAAUACAAGCUUUGAGUAUAAAGCUACAUGUUCUACUGGAUCUGCUGCACGUCCUGGAGCUAUUGCUACCGGUGACUUAACCAACAAUGGUCAAAUUGAUGUCAUCGUUGGCAACGAUGGUACGCACAGCAUUGAUGUACUUUUUAGAGAUAAAAAUGGAAGCUUUUCAAUGAAGACUGUUUUCUCAUCAGAUUUUACGUUUUAUCCUGUAUGCAUUGUCGUCAGUGAUUUCAAUAAUGACAGUCGUCUGGAUAUCGCCGUCGCUAAUUCGGUAGGAGACGACGUAUGUCUUUUUUUUGGCGAGGAAAAUGUAACCUUUGUAAAUUAUACAACCUAUUCAACCGGUAUGGGUUCUAAUCCUCAAUCGAUCGCUAUUGGUGAUUUCAACAACGACUAUCGAGAAGAUAUUGUUGUUGCCCAUUCUGGUACUGGAAGUGUUGGUGUACUUCUCAAUGUUGACAGUGUGGAUUUUGAAAGUGUGAGAAUCUUUCCAACUGGAUCUGGUUGGAAGCCCCAUGCGUUAGCAGUUGGAGAUUUUGACACAGAUGGUCGACUCGAUAUCACUGUUGCCAAUAAUGGCGAUGCAAAUAUAGGUUUCUUUUUUGGACUGGGCAAUGGCGAUUUCUCCAAUCAAAUUAUCGUCUCUGUUGGCGAAGGUAUCUAUCCAAUUGGGGUCGACGUCGGUGAUUUCAACAAUGACAAACGACUCGAUGUCGUCGUUGCUAAUAAUAUAUCACCAUCACCAAUUAUUGUACUUCUUGGAAAUGGUAAUCACUCUUUUCAAAUUCAAAUGACACAUGGAGUUCUUCCCACAGGAACAGUAGCAGUUGGGGAUUUCAACGGUGAUGGUCGACUCGAUCUUGUCGCUACCAAUUAUUACGAUAAUUCUGUAACUGUUCUUCUUGGAUAUGGAAAUGGGACUUUCGGAAAUAUAUCGAUCUAUCCAAAUAGUGGUAAUUCCGCUGCGUAUGGACUCGCAGUGGGCGAUUUCAACAACGAUGAUCGGCUAGAUUUCGUCGUUGCUUAUUUUUCCACUAAUAGAAUAGCUGUUUUUCUAGGAUAUGGUGAUGGCAAUUUUUCAAAUCAAAUGACUUAUUCAACUGGUAUUAGUUCUCAUCCGAAUGGGGUCGCCGUCGGAGAUUUCAACAACGACGGUCAACUCGAUGUCGCCGUUGCCAAUCAAUAUGCAUACAAUGUUGGUAUUUUCCUUGGAUAUGGCAAUGGCAGUUUUUCAAAUCAAACAGCUUAUCCCACCGGCCUUAAAUCUAGUCCGUGGUCUCUAGCUGUCGAAGAUUUUAAUAAAGAUGAUCGACUAGAUAUCGCUAUUGCUAAUUAUGGCAGUGGUUCUGUAGGCAUUCUUAUUGGACAUAUCAAUGGUACUUUUUUCAACCAAAUUACCCAUGCUACGGGCGAUAAUUCAAAUCCAGAUGGGGUUGCCGUUGGUGACUUCAAUAACGAUGGUCGGCUCGACAUCGCAUAUUCCGAUCCACUGAAAGAUAAUAUAGGUGUAUUUCUUGGAUAUGCUAGUGGGAGUUUACUUGCUACAGAAGCUUAUCAAAUUGGAAAGUCUUCUGAACCAGUAAGCAUAGCCGUAGGGGAUUUUAAUAAGGAUACUCUUUUGGAUGUUGCCAUCGCCGAUCAAGGAACCAAUGAACUAAUUAUACUCUAUGGAUCUGGAUAUGGUACAUUCACAAGUCAAGCAAAUUAUUCAACUGGUAAUAAUUCUUAUCCGAAUUCUGUCGCCGUUGGUGAUUUCAACCAAGAUCAUCAACUAGAUAUCGCUAUUAUCAACUCUGGCACGAAUAGUAUUGGAAUUUUUCUUGGAAAUUGGAAUGGCACUUUCUCUAGUCUCUUUGAUAAUGAUACUGCGCUUGAUCUUGCAGUCGCUAAUUAUGGCACCAACAACAUUGCCAUUUUGCUUGGCUACGGGAAUGGAAGUUUUGCAAGUCCAAUGUUUUUCACAACUGGCUUCGGCGCACAUCCGGCUGCAAUGGCCUUCGGUGAUUUGAACAUACAUAAUACGACUGACAUUUUUGUCUGCAACAGUGGAUACAGCACAAUAGACGUUUUGUCAAAGACCUGUUAG